CAUUGUUCGUACAGCAUUGUGUCUAUUUCUCUUCAAUUGGCACGUUAUAUCCGGCUUACUGAAAUUUUGGCCAGCAUACAAUUGUUGCAUCAAUCUGACAAUUUGUGACGAGUGAAGGUAUAUUUAAUAGUAUUCAACUGGUUUGUAAUCAUCUCAUACAACUAAUUGAAAUUUACUUGCAUCCUUGCUAAACAAUACAGUUUAAAAAUGGAAAAAUCAGCAUUAGCACAAGAGAAGGUAUGGUUCGACAAGCCAUCAUAUGACAAAGCAGAACGACUAUAUUUUGAAAAAAUGGCUAAGGUUGUAUCUCAUAAUAUAAUGGAAAGAUGCACCUACAAGUCUGAAAAGUCUGAAAAACCCGAAAAGCCUGAAAAAUUCGAAAAGUCUGAAAAGUCUGAAAAAUUUGAAAAGUCUGAAAAGUCUGAGAUUUCUGUGACUAAUGACUAUCACGCUAUUUUGAAUUGUAAUUCUUCUUUGCCAAAAACAAAACCUGAAAAAACUAAAGAUAAUAAAUUACUGAUUUCUGAAAACAUUCCAAAUGAUACUCUUAAGAAUCUUAAAACAAAAGUUGCAAAAUCGAAUAAAGAUGAAAAUGAAUGCAACAUACAAAAGAAUGAAAAUAUAGAAGAAAAACAAAAGACUGAUAAUGUAAAGAAUAACAAGAAAAAGAAGGAAGUCAAUUCUUUGAACGAUAUGUCUACAAAAUAUAAUACAGCAGAAGUAAAAGAAAAAAAGAACAAAGCAGAUACACGACAUAGAAAUAGAGGAAAAGGAAAAAAUGAUACUAUGGAAAUAAAAGAAAAUAGUACAUCGCUAAUCUGGAAUGAACAGCAAUUACCUAAUCAGGGAAAUCAACAAGCUACUAGUCCAGUCUUAUCCACUGGUGGAAGUUUAGCCAAUGAGGUUGCCAAGGCUCGUCAACAUAUUAAACAAUCUUUACAAUGUAUGGAUGAUAUUGCAGCUGUCGCGGGACUUACAACUCCACAUGAUAAUAAAAAGGAUAAUUUAGAUCAAGCCGUGGAAGAAUUAAGUAGUUUCAUUCAUAAAUUGGAGAAUCGUGUCAAAGACCUUGAAGACAAGGUUAAUCAAAUUCUAAAAGAAAAGUCUGACCCAGCUCCAAAAGAAACACAAGAAAAAGCUGAUGAUGACGAGGAUGUCGAUCUAUUUGGUUCAGACUCAGAGGGAGAGGAUGCUGAAGCUGCAAGAAUUAGGGAAGAAAGAUUGGCUGCAUACGCUGCAAAGAAAUCCAAAAAACCAGCGUUGAUCGCGAAAUCGAAUAUUAUAUUGGACGUGAAACCGUGGGGCAACGAGACAGACAUGAAGGCAAUGGAAACUGAAGUACGAAAGAUUGAGACCGACGGUCUUUUAUGGGGAGCUGCAAAACUUGUUCCCUUGGCUUUUGGUAUUCACAAACUUCAAAUUUCCUGCGUCGUGGAAGAUGAAAAAGUUUCGGUGGAUUGGCUCACAGAAGAGAUUCAACAAAUUGAAGAACAUGUUCAAAGCGUAGACAUUGCAGCUUUUAAUAAAGUAUAAAAAAAUUAACGAAACAUUUUUCGUAGAAGGUAUCUGACGGUUCUAAUUGCAAUCAAGCAUUGGUCUGUUGUGCCAUCUUUUCAUUCCACUAGCAAUAUCUACUUUGAUGAAGAAAUCAUUGAUACAUAUGUCUUAUAUAUAUGAAAUAUGAAUACCCAGAAAAUAUCAAAGGUUUAACUGUCGUGAUCCAAUUUGAAUAUUUGACGUGUCAAUUUAUGAAAUAAUUCUUAAGAAUUCUAAUCCAUAGAAUUUUUAACCUGCGCGAUCGUAACAUCAACAUAAAAUAUUAUAAUCUGUAAAUGUUUAAAAUUAUACUAUUCACGUGAAAGUGUGAAGAGCUCGACUAAUUAAAUACUCAACUCAGUCAUGAUAUCCAAAAUUAUAAUUUAGGAAAGUAAUGAUAUUGCGAGUAAACGCUAAUUAUUAGUACCAUGUUUAAUUGUUUGUUUCGGAGUACUGUUGUCACAAAUAAAAAUUAUGAAUGUAA